CUCUGGGGGUCGACUUUGUAAAACAAAAAAAAAUGACGACGUCGGGGGUCUGGGCGCCCUCCCGUCCCCCAGACCCCCCGGAGUACCGUAACGAACUAGCCUUUGUGGCUGAAGGCGAAGUUGUGCAGCAUCUCCGUAGCGGCGCCCUUUGUUAGCCAGGGCCAGGCGGCAUGGGCUUCAUGUUGGCUUCGGUGGUUUCGCUGGUGGCACUGUCGCUGCAGGCGAGCCGGGGUGCAGCUCAGCAGAUCGUUCUGGAUGACAUGGACUCCGCGCUCCAGAUAAGCAGCGUCAACACAUUCGAGGGAAGCUUCGAGCCCUGCUUGAGCGACGCCUACAACGGACAGUUUCAUCACGAUUGGAACAGGAACAAGGGAGAGGCCAGCUUCACUAUCGGGUUCCAGCCUCCCCGCAGCGGCUGUUACGCAAUUCAGGAGCACCACCCCGGCAGUGAUCUGAAUUGUCGACGAUAUCUGCCUCAGAACGUCAGUCUGACCGUCGACUACUGCGAGGGCCUGAGCACGACGAUCUACUACGAUCAGUCCAGCCCCGCGACCGUGGGAAAGUGGAACACCCUGGGCAUGUGGAUGUUCUUCGAGGGAUGGAGCGGCGCCCUGACCAUGCGGAACCAUGCCCACGAGGUGUGCCUGGCUGGGCCGGGGCAGUGCUUCAUGGUGGUCGACGCCUUCCGCCUCACCCGGGUCGGCGACACCUGCGCGGACGCGGUGGCGCCGGCUCCCGCCCCGGUGGUGGCGCAGGCGGUGCCGGAAGCGGAAGCGACGGGCGCCACCGAGGCGGGGCUGGAGCACGAGGGCCUGCUGACGCUGCGGUUGGUCGGCCCCACGGUGGACCUCCAGGCAUCGGCGGGCUGGAUCGGGGACGCACUGGCGAUGCACCUCGGCAUGCAGCAGGUCAGCAUCCUGAGCAUCCGUGCGGCCUCCGGCAGGCGCCUGUCGGGCUCCGACACCAGCAGUUUCCAGGUGCGCUUCCGAGGCGCGCGGCCGGGGCCCGAGGCCCCCGCCGCGGCCGGCCUCGUGGCGGCGCUGCAGGCGGCCUUCGACGCCGCGGGCCUGGGGGUGGUGGUGGCCUCGGCGGAGGUGGACUGGGUCGCCGUGUACCCGUCUGCGCCAGCGGAUGCGGAUGCCAGCGGUGAGAGCGCCGCCGGCAAUGGAGGUUGGUGGACGUUCUGGUCUGUGCUCGCGCUGCUGACCUUCGCGUUCCUGACCCUGGUGAUGGUGUCCGUGGCCUGUGCGUACAGGCAUAAGGCGGUCAGCUCAGACGCGGCCGUCGAUGCCGAGGCGCCGCCAGAGAAGCCUGUCGACGUGACCAACCCGCCAGAGAGCGACAAGUGGGACAUCACCUCGGUUUCCACGGGCCCGCCUGAGAGCGAGAGCAGCUCGAUUGAGAGGCCCUCUGCAGCAGAGGCGGUCGAGCCGGUGGAGGUUGUCGGCACGCACGCGUGAGCAAGGGAGCACGAGUUUGGCCUGGCAGGGCAGAAGGUUUACCAGUCAAUUGUCCCAGCGUGCCCGAUUGGUUCCUCACGUGAGGUAGAGGCACUCGUCAGCCUGUGCGCGCCUGCCUGGUGUACAUAGUGUACAUAUGAGACUGUCUUUCCGCGUGUGGGUGCCCACCUCGUGCUUGGUGAGUGCGCGUGCCUCUAAUGGGUGUCCAGCUGAGUGUGUAGAGCGUAUGAUUGUGAGACUUCAUGUGGCAAGGUGCUGGUAUCCGAGGGCAUUGCACGUCGCCUCUGUUCACGCCACUUCAAGCAAGACGAGGCGGUGAAUUUUGUGGCUAGCAGUUUGCAAAGCCGCGUAGCGAUGCAGUCACUUGUGGACCCAGGGCCCCACGGCUUGCUACAGUUUUCUGAUUCGCCACGUGGCGCAGGGCCCAGCAUUUUCCGCUAUCGUUCGGUCGCGACGGGCGGUUGGCCAUGAACGAAAAGCAGGGGGAAGAAGCGAGG